GAGAAUCGGCUGCGCACCCCGUAGUCACUUGGCAGGAUCCGAGAUUUGUCUCGGGGCCUGUGGCUCGUCGCUUCACCUCACUGGGGAGAGCCUCUCCGAGUCGUCAGGCUGGUUUUUCAAGAGGCUCCUGUCAAGUUUGUCACGAAUCAGUCGCAUGGAGAAGAAACCCUGGACAGAGCCCAGCGCUAAAAGGCACGAAUGCGAGCGGUGUCCGUACACCACGGAUCGCACUGGAAACAUGAAUCAGCACCUGAGAACUCACACGGGCGAAAAGCCAUUCAAGUGCACCGUGUGUGUGAAGGCAUUUUCUUCCUCACAAAAUCUUAAAAUUCAUCAGAGAACACACACAGGGGAGAAGCCAUUCAUGUGCACUGCAUGUGGGAAGGCAUUUGCUCUCUUACAAACUCUUCAAUAUCAUCAGAGAACACACACAGGGGAGAAGCCAUUCAUGUGCACUGUGUGUGGGAAGGCAUUUGCUCUCUUACAAACUCUUCAAUAUCAUCAGAGAACACACACAGGGGAGAAGCCAUUCACGUGCACCGUGUGUGGGAAGGCAUUUGCCCGUUCAAACUAUCUUCUAGUUCACAAGAGAACGCACACAGGUGAGAAGCCCUUCAAGUGCACUGUGUGUUGGAAGGCAUUUGCCUCUUCAAACUACCUUCAAAUUCACAAGAGAACACACACGGGUGAGAAGCCCUUCACGUGCACAGAGUGUGGGAAGGGUUUUAUUUCGUCAGGAAGACGAACGAUGCAUGAGAAGAUCCACAAGGAGAGUGUGAAAUCGACUCGUGAAGGUCAAAGUUCAGCUGCCAUGAGCCCAUCAUCUCUCAUAAAACAAGAACAGGAGGACUACGACGACUUCGCCACGUGGCCGGGAGUGACAGUGAAGUGUGAAGAAGGGACGACCGUGAAACGUGAGGGUCAGGAAGCUUCUCCAGGCACUUGUUAAUGUCAUCGCAGCAUCCCAAUGCAGUAUUCUCAACACAAAA